AGAUCAUCUCAAUCAUUAGUUGCUCAAAAAACCAAGUUAGGUUGGAUAUUGUCAGGAGAGAUAGAAUCUUCUGGUAACAAUGAGAAAGAGUGUUGUUACUCAAUUGUUAGUUUGCAUUCUCAUUGUAAUGAAAACGAACUCCUACGUAAAUUUUGGGAGUUAGAAUCAGACAAUUCCAAUCUGAAUCGUAAACAUCUCACGCCUGAAGAGCAGAGAUGUGAGGAACUGUUCGUCGCCACUACCAAACGAGAUUCAUUCGGUAGGUAUGUUGUCAAAUUACCAUUUCGUGAUCAAAAUCCAACUUGUAUGUAUGGUAAUUCUCGAGAUAUAGCAGCUCGUAGGUUUUAUUUGUUAGAAAAGAGAUUAUUAAAAAAUCCUAAGUUAAAGAUGGAUUAUUCAAAUGUCAUAAAGGACUAUUUAGAUUUGGGUCAUAUGGAGCUGGUACCUGAUGAUGAACGUGAUAACAAAAACGCUGUUUAUUUGCCACAUCAUCCCGUCAUCAGAGAAGAUAAAAGUACUACUCAAACACGCGUUGUGUUUGAUGCUUCGUGCAAAGAUUGCAACGGUGUAUCCUUGAACGAUGAUCUAAUGGUUGGUCCGACUCUUCAGUCCGAUCUGAGACAUCUUAUCAUGCGCUGGCGAUUGUAUCCUAUAUGUCUAGUGGCAGACAUAACUAAAAUGUAUAGACAGGUGAAGGUUUUUCCUGAAGAUACAAACUUUCAGCGUAUCUUGUGGCGUAAUCCAGAUAAUCAAAAGGAUGACUUACAACAUUAUAGGUUACUCACAGUUACUUUUGGGACUGCUGCUGCACCUCAUCUAGCGGUAAAGACCUUACAGCAGGUUGCUAUUGAUGAGGGUAAUAAAUAUCCACACGUUUCUGAAAGAGUCCUCAGGGAUUUUUAUAUGGAUGACUUGUUGACCGGUUGUCAGAACGUUGAAGAAGGUCAAAGGGUCUAUAAAGAAAUGAAGAUGUUACUAGGCUCAGCAGGAUUCCAACUCAGGAAAUGGUGUAGCAGUAGUGAACGUUUGCUAGAGAAAAUAAAGGAAGGAAACGAGGAUAAAUUAAGUAAUCUAGAACUAAAAAUAGAUUCAGUAAUGAAGAUACUUGGACUUACAUGGAAUCGACGCUCUGAUGUCUUCGAAUACUCCGUUCAGUUGCCGCCACUGAGCGAACCUGUCACUAAAAGAAAGGUUAUAUCGGAUGUUGCACGAUUGUUUGAUCCUCUUGGCUGGAUCGCACCCACCAUUAUAACUGCUAAAGUAUUCAUACAGAAGCUUUGGCUUUCUGGAAUCGAUUGGGAUGAAGAACUUCCAUCUCAGUUAUUAAAAGAGUGGAUUAUAUACAGAAACGAAUUAUGUUUACUUACCAAUUUACAAAUUCCUAGAUGGAUUAACUCGAGGGCCGAUGACAAGUUAGUUGAAUUACAUGGUUUUAGUGACGCGUCGAAUGUGGCAUACGCUGCUGUAGUUUAUGCACGUAUAGUUAGUAGAAAUGGUGUAAUACAUGUAAAUUUACUUACCUCUAAAACCAAAGUUGCUCCUGUUAAACAGAUAUCCAUUCCCAAACUCGAACUGUGUGGCGCCGUCUUGCUCGCGAAACUGCUCCUGGAAGUGUCAACGGUUCUUACUGUACCUAAAGAAAAUAUUCAUGCUUGGACCGAUUCAACGGUUGUACUCGCUUGGCUAAGAAGUCAUCCGAGUAGGUGGAAGACUUUCAUUGCUAACCGGGUUUCAGAAAUACUAACGGUUCUUGAUAGUAACCAGUGGUCACAUGUCCAAUCAAAGGACAACCCUGCGGAUUGUGCCUCCAGAGGAGUCAAGCCUCAGGAUUAUCAAAAUGAUUUGUGGAGCACAGGACCACUUUGGCUGAAAUCAGAAAAUAUUAUUUAUAAAAACAAAGAGGUAAAUGAUACAAACUUAGAAGAGAAAACAAACAAGGUAUGUUAUGCAACUACAACCGAGGAAUUUAGUCUAUGGAAUAAAUACUCAUCAUUGCGCAAACUUGUCAGAGUUGUUGCUCUAUGUAGACGAUUUCUUCUUUCACGAACUGCUCUCCAACCUGAAAAGAAAAACAAAUAUGUUAGUAAUGAAGAAUAUACUGAAGCUUUGAAUGUAUGUAUCCGACAACAUCAAUCUAUAUAUUUUCAAGAAGAUCUGUAUAAUUUAGAAAAAUCUGGAAAACUUAAUAAUAAAAGCAAACUUACCUCUCUCAGUCCAUUUGUUGAUGAUGUUGGUGUCUUGCGAGUUGGUGGACGAUUACAGUAUUCUCAAAUGUCUGAAGAAAUGAAACAUCCUAUCCUCAUUGCUAAGAAAUCUCAUUUUACUCAUUUAUUAAUUGCUGAGGCUCAUUCCAGAACUGUUCAUGGUGGACCUCAGCUCAUGAUAAAUUACUUGCGAACCAAGUAUUGGAUUAUAGACGUUAAAAAUAUGGUUAAAUUGUACGUUCGUAAAUGUGUUGUCUGUAUUCGUCAUGGAUCUAUUGUAAAACAUCAGCUAAUGGGUCAACUUCCUUCGGUAAGAGUUACAGCUUGCCGACCUUUUUUUCGUAGCGGUGUAGACUUUGCCGGUCCUAUCAGCAUUCGUACUAGUAAGGGUAGAGGUCAUCACUCCUAUAAAGGUUAUAUAUGUCUUUUCAUCUGCAUGGCUACUAAAGCUGUUCACCUGGAGGCAGUGAGUGACUUAACCACUCAGGGUUUCUUGGCAGCUUUUAAGCGCUUUGUAGCAAGGCGAGGACAUUGUGCCGAUAUAUGGAGUGAUAACGGUACGAAUUUUAUAGGUGCUGCUAGAGAACUUAAAUCACUUUUUUCUACAGAAAGGUCUGCUAUAGCGACAGAAAUCGCAAAUUCACUUGCUUGCAAUGGCACUAAGUGGCAUUUUAUCCCUCCCCGCGCUCCAAACUUUGGUGGACUCUGGGAAGCAGGGAUAAAGUCCACAAAAUACCAUCUUCAGCGCGUAAUUGGAAACUCCACACUUACAUAUGAGGAAAUGGCAACAGUCCUGACCCAAGUGGAAGCUUGUUUAAAUUCCCGGCCACUCUCUCAGAUUAGUAACAACCCUGGUGAACCAUAUGCACUUACCCCAGGGCAUUUUUUGGUGGGAGAGCCCUUAGUUGUAGCUCCUGAUUCAAAUUAUGAAGCUUGCAACCUUAGUAAUCUCAAACGUUGGCAACUAACACAAAGGAUGUUGCAGCAUUUCUGGCGACGUUGGUCGCAAGAUUACAUUACUCAAUUCUUUCAUCGUCGUAAAUGGAAACAUCUCAUUCAAGAACCAAAUAUUGGUGAUGUAGUGUUGGUAAGGGAGGACGAUUUACCACCUGCUAAAUGGUUGUUUGGUUUAAUAAUUGAUAAACAUGAAGGUUUGGACAAGAUUACACGCGUUGUUAGUCUUAAAUGUAAGGGUAAUAUUAUUAAAAGACCAUUAUCUAAGAUAUGUUUACUGCCUGUAACAGAAUAA